AUGAUCGACCACACCGGAAUCUGGGUCCCCGCGGCCAAGCACGCCGACACGGUCGACUUCUACAUCAAGGCCCUCGCCCCGCUCGGCUACGAGAAGCGCAUCUCCCACGCAAACAACCAGGCCGUCGGGUUCGGCGACGCCGCAUCGCGCGCCGACUGGUGGGUCAACUCGACCGGCCUGAUGGGCCUGCCCGCCGAGUCGACCCCCGCGCCGCUCAACACCCACCACGCAAUGAGCGCCAAAGAUCGUGCUACGGUGGACGCCUUCUACAAGGCCGCCCUGGCGGCUGGCGGCAGGGACAAUGGUGCGCCUGGGCUGCGGCCGCAUUAUCAUGCCAAUUACUACGCUGCGUUUGUGUAUGAUCCAGCUGGGAACAACAUUGAGGUUGUCUGCCACAACCCGGAGAUCCUUACUUAG